CGCACUGGCUGGCGGCGGCGACGGCGGCCAGCACUGGGCAGGCGUGGAGGCGUGGGCGCGCGCGUGGCUACCGCGGGCACGGAGCGUCCGCCGCGUCGCCUGAGUCCUGCACACCCUCGGCGGCCGCCUCUCCCGCCUUGCGCCCUCCCGUCCUGCCCUCUGCCCAGCCGCGCCAUGCCCGCCGUGGACAAGCUCCUGCUGGAGGAGGCGUUGCAGGACAGCCCUCAGACUCGCUCCCUGCUGAGUGUGUUUGAGGAGGAUGCUGCCACCCUCACAGACCACACCAACCAGCUGCUGCAGGCCAUGCAGCGCGUCUAUGGAGCCCAGAAUGAAAUGUGCCUGGCCACCCAGCAGCUCUCCAAACAGCUCCUGGCAUACGAGAAACAGAAUUUUGCUCUUGGCAAAGGCGAUGAAGAAGUCAUCUCUACGCUCCACUAUUUUUCUAAGGUGGUGGAUGAGCUAAAUGUUCUCCACACAGAGCUGGCCAAACAGCUGGCAGACACCAUGGUCCUCCCCAUCAUACAGUUUCGAGAAAAGGAUCUCACAGAAAUAAGCACUUUAAAGGAUCUCUUUGGACUCGCCAGCAACGAGCAUGACCUCGCGAUGGCCAAAUACAGCAGGCUUCCCAAAAAAAAGGAGAACGAAAAGGUGAAGACUGAGGUUGGGAAGGAGGUGGCAGCCGCCCGGCGGAAGCAACACCUGUCAUCCCUGCAGUACUACUGUGCCCUCAACGCGCUGCAGUACCGCAAGCGGAUGGCCAUGAUGGAGCCCAUGAUAGGCUUUGCCCAUGGACAGAUCAACUACUUUAAGAAGGGAGCAGAGAUGUUUUCCCAAAGUAUGGACAACUUCCUGUCCUCCGUUGUGGACAUGGUGCAGAGCAUUCAGGUGGAGCUGGAAGCGGAAGCGGAAAAGAUGCGGGUCUCGCAGCAGGAACUGCUCUCUGUUGAUGAAGCUGUUUACACUCCGGACUCAGACGUGGCUGCGCCUCAGAUCAACAGGAACCUCAUCCAGAAAGCCGGUUACCUCAACCUCAGAAACAAGACGGGGCUGGUCACCACCACCUGGGAGAGGCUGUACUUCUUCACGCAGGGUGGGAACCUCAUGUGCCAGCCCCGCGGCGCCGUGGCCGGAGGCCUGAUCCAGGACCUGGACAACUGCUCCGUGAUGGCCGUGGACUGCGAGGACCGCCGAUACUGCUUCCAGAUCACCACGCCCAACGGGAAAUCGGGAAUCAUCCUGCAGGCAGAAAGCAGGAAGGAGAAUGACGAGUGGAUAUGUGCCAUAAACAACAUCUCCAGGCAGAUCUACCUGACCGACAACCCCGAGGCAGUCGCCAUCAGGCUCAAUCAGACGGCCCUGGAAGCUGUGACUCCCAUCACGAGCCUCGGCAAAAAGCAGGAGAGUUCGUGCUCCAGCCAGAAUCUGACCAAUUCAGAGAUGGAAGGUGCCAAGCUCGUUCCCAAGGCGACAGUUAGUACAACUGACACAGAAGAAUUGAUCGCUCCUGGGACACCAAUUCAGUUUGACAUUGUCCUACCUGCCUCGGAAUUCCUUGAUCAGAACAGAGGGAGCAGGCGCGUCAACCCUUUCGGGGAAACGGAGGAUGGAUCGCUUCCAGAAGCAGAAGAUUCUCUCCUGCAGCAGAUGUUCGUAGUACGGUUUUUGGGCUCGAUGGCAGUUAAAACAGACAGCACUACCGAAGUGAUUUACGAAGCCAUGAGACAAGUCCUAGCUGCCCGGGCCAUUCAUAACAUCUUCCGCAUGACGGAAUCGCACCUGGUGGUCACCAGCCAGGCUCUGAGGUUGAUCGAUCCUCAGACUCAAGUGUCCAGGGCCAGUUUUGAACUGUCCAGUGUCACACAGUUCGCUGCUCACCAAGAAAACAAGAGGCUGGUUGGCUUCGUCGUCCGCGCCCCCGAGGCCGCCGGAGACGCGUCCCUGAGCACAUACGUCUUUGAAAGCAACUCCGAAGGCGAAAAGAUAUGUUACGCUAUUAAUUUGGGGAAAGAAAUUACUGAAGUUCAGAAGCUUCAGGACCCAGAGGCAUUGGCUCAACUAAUGCUGUCCGUCCCACUAACCAAUGAUGGGAAAUACGUACUGUUAAACGAUCAGCAAGACGACAGUGACGGAAGUCCACAUGAGAACCAAGGCGCCGAGUCGGAAGCCUAGCUGCCUGUGCGUGUGGGGCGAGCGCCCAGGCGAGGCGCCCUGCCUAAGGGCUGCACUUCUCUGACUCACAGGCACGCUGACUGGGUUCAGGAUGUGACAAUCGGUGGCAGAAUGGCCUCUCGAGGCCUCGGUGCCGAGAGCCGAGGGGACCCCGGAGGUGGCCGGCGGCACUGCUGUCCAUCUACAAAUGCUAUUUUAGGUGCUCCGUGGUGAGUCCUGGCCUUAGAUUGCAUUGUUCAGCACUCA